AUGCUCUCGUCCUCGCCACGGUCCGACACGCUCGUGCACAGGGCCGGCGCAGCGUUCCAAGGCGCUCCCCUCGUCGCGCCCUCGUCCCCGACGCUCGCGUACCACGAUGGCGAAAUCUCUCCCUCGUUUGAUGCGUCCUUUGCGAGCUCGAUGUCCAUCACCUCGGACGAGCAGGCCCACCCCUCGCCGCUCCCCGCACACCUUCGGCCGCGCUCCCAUGGCCCGACCUCAUCGCCAAACGACGCGAUGGACAUUUCACCCGCUCCUGCUCCUCGACAGCCGGUAGCGGGGCCGUCGUCGAGCGCGUCGAGGCAGAACCGCCUCCCUGCUCCUCGCCCACCCCUCUUCGCUCGUCCACACUCGCAACCCACCGUCCCUUCGUCUUCCACUGCCGCCUCGACGGAAGAUCAUCCCUUCUUGAAGAGCCUGUUCAAGCCCGGACGCUCCGCACCGCCGACGCAGACCUCGUUCGCGCCCAUCCUCCCGCUCUCCAUCCCUCGCUCAACCUCGCCUGACUACUUCCAGGUCCCCGCCGUCGUCCCCGUCACCGUCGACCCGCAUGCCUCGUCGUCUGGGUCGAGCAGCCGUCCCACCCUCCCGCACUUUGCGACCGUGCCGCCAUCACAGUCGGAGAAACUCCGCCCGCCGUUCUCCAAGACCGCCUUCGAGUUCCGCGCGAGCGACGACGGCGUCGAGUCGGCUCCUGUCGAUGCCUUCAGUGAUGCCAAAGGCUCGAUGCCGGCGCCGCGGCGACUGUCAGGCGGCUCGCGGUCACGCAACGCCCUCCCCAGCGGGUGGAGCAAGUCGCAGCGCCAGACUGCGCCCGCCAACAGUCUCGCACCUCCACCGCCUCCAGCACCAGCGAAGCGCAAGUCUGAUCCGGGCUUGCCGACGCUGCGGAAAGAGCUUGAGUCGUCGCCGUUCCGGAUGGAGGUCGACGGCGAGUCGCCUGAACGCAAGCUCUCGUCGCCUAUCGCGCUCCGUCCCGCCAGCCAGCCUCGCUCAGUUUCCGAGUCGCGUGCAGCGCAGCCCGUCUUUGGCGGCGUCGAACCUGGCUCGUCGCCGCCCAGCUCGGAUGCAGACCGCUCGGGCGCAGACGACCGCCUCGCCGACAUGUUCGGCUUCUCUCCAGGCGACAACCUCUCGCCUAUACCGCAGUCUCGCAAGCGGUUCCUCGAGCAGGAGAACUCGCCGACGCCGGCUUCGCCCACUCCGACGGGAGGCGCGUCGCUCGGCGCUGUUGGCGGCCGCCGCGCGUUCGAGAAGGCGGCGAGUACGGCGUCGCUGCCCAUGCGUGUCGCACGGAGACAGCGCUCCGCCAUCGGCUUGAACGCGCGACCGUCCCUCGCGAGCUUCGCCUCGCUCGGCCCGCCGCCUUCAACCACGAACGAGAACUCGGCCUCGUUCAACAACAACAAGCGGCAUGCGACGCAGGCGCAGGACGGCAAGCCAGCGCCUGCGCCGCUCUUGCGCGCCUCGCGCCGGUCCAACUCGGUUGCCGAGGCGUCGUUCCUCUGCGUUCCGCAGGCUGUCCAGACUGCCAACCCGAGCAGCUCGAGCAGCACUAACGGCCCGCUCUCGGCGCGCGACCCGAACGUCCCGGACGACUCGCCUCGCAUGCUCGGUGCGCGCGCAUCGCUCGCGACGAUGGACGGCAGCGACUACUUUGGAACGGUUGGGCGCCGGGCGGGCGCGAGUGUCGACCUUGGCAAGUCGGUUGCGCUGAGUCCGGAGAUGGGCAGCCCGAUCGCUGGGUUCCGCAAGCAAGAGGCCAAGGGGAAGGUGUUGCCUUGCUUCGGCGUCAAGGAGGACGGCCUCAUGCGCAUCUUGCCCGAGACGCUCAACGACCUGCAGAGCGGCAAGUACAGCGACGAAAUCAAAGAGUUCCUCAUCAUCGACUGCCGAUUCGACUACGAGUACGACGGAGGCCACAUCGAAGGCGCGAUCAAUCUUUCGGAACUUGCGGACGUCGAAGCGCGACUGCUCAACUUGCCGAACCCGCCCAAGCCCAGCACGAGCGAGUGCGUUGCGAAGGAGGGCAAGACGGUGCUUGUCUUCCACUGCGAGUUUAGCGCCAAGCGUGCGCCGACGAGCGCCAAGCACCUUCGCAACCAGGAUCGCCUCAAGAACAUCGCCGCCUACCCGAACAUCCACUACCCCGAGCUGUACAUCCUGCAAGGCGGCUACGAGGCGUACUACAAGGCGUUCCCUCAACGCUGCGUCGGCGGCUACGUCGUCAUGGACCACCCGGAGCACGACGCCAAGCGCUCGCUCAACCUCAACAAGUUCCGCGACCAAAAGCGCCAGUUCAACCGCGCAUCCUCCUUCACUUUCGGCCAGGCGCAGCACGCGUCGACCCUCCUUCGCGCCGCCGAUGCCGCCGGCGCCAUGUCGUCCACGAGCGGCUUUGCCCGGUCCCGCCGGCCCCUCUCUUCCUCGGCCUUCACUUCGUCGCGCUCGUCGCUCGAGCCCAGCGGCUUCCAGUUCCCUCACGGCUCGAAGAAGGCGGCCUCGUCGAGCACGGCGUGCGCUUCAGCCGCUUCAGUCGCCGCCUCGACCGCGACCCUCUCGAUCACGGAGGAAGACCACGAGGGCGACUCGUCGUUCGGCACGAACGGCUCGAGUCCCGGUGGUCCAGCUGGUGGCUCGCCUUGCCCGCCUUCGAGUAAGAUGGGCGCGAGGCCGUCGCUCAAGCUCGGCACGGGCGGAGCCAUGCUCUACUCGCGCAGGAUGGGCCUCGAGCGCGCUGCGACGGCAUCCAUCCUCACCUUUGGCCAAUGA